AUGUGCCCUGUCCCUCCGGUCAAACUUGUUGUGAAACAAAAGAAGAAAAUGCUCGAAAUUUUCACGGGUUUUGAGACCGAAAACAAAUAUGUUGUCUCAAAUGCUCUUGGACAGCAAGUCUUCUAUGCGAUGGAGCAUUUGUCAUUUAUCGCCCGACAGCUCUUGGGACGCAGUCGGAAGUUUGAAAUGAAGUUAGUUGACUGCUCAGUAAGUGAAGUGCUCAGCGUCUAUCGACCGUUUAAAUGCUGCAUACGAUGCUGCUCUCUCUGUCCGUGCAGUACUGCCUGCUUGGAUGAAGUCGAGAUUAACUGCCCGGCCAGUGGUACCGUUGGCUGCAUUCGGCAGCAAUGCAGGGGCUGCCAGACUCUCUACUCUGUAGAAGAUGCGUCGAACGACAGAUUGCUGCAAAUCCAGGGACCCGCUCUGUGCUGCAACUUUUCUUGUAUAGGAGCCAAUGUGUCCUACAAAGUUCUAACUGCCGAUGGAGUCCACAUAGUCGGUGAGAUUUCGAAGCAAUGGAGAGGCCUUUUACAAGAGUAUCUGACCGAUGCAGAUACAUUUGCUGCUAAGGCCCUUCUUAUGGCGGCAACUUUCCUUAUAGAUUUUAUGUUCUUCGAACGUAAGCAACGUUAG